AUGAGCAGCCGCAUAAAGCAGACGCUUCAAGAGCGUCGCAAAGGAGAACUUGCCCUCUCCGACUUCGCCGACUACGUCGAGAAGCAACAGGCAAAAACCCGUACCAAGUAUGCCGAGUCGACUGCGAGCGACAGCGCCUAUUCCACGGGCGUCUCUUCUGUUGUCACCGAAGAUCACGCAGAACUUGAGAUCCUCGAUCAACUAGGCCUGUCCGAGGGGCCGAGCCGAGUGAAAUUAAAGGACUGGCUGCUUGAUACGUCCGAAGAUGCAGCCGCAACUCUGCAGCAGCUGGCGGGACUUGUCCAGUCUCGUAUCGAGGAAGGCCACGGAGAGACAUUGUUCGAUCUGGGUUUACAGGACAGCGGCGAGUCGAUGCAAUUCACAAAAGACGAAUGGGACAUUGCUCUGCGACGAAUCACCGAAGCGGCGAUAUUGAUCAAAGCCGCUAUUCACGUGCUCCUCACGUGUAAUGUCGGAGGCACUCAAGAAGCCAAUUCAAAGAAAAUCAAAGACGAUGCAAGCUAUGGCAAGCUACUUAUUCGGCAGACACCACCAACAGCAGAGGAGGUGAUCGAGACUCGAAUUGCCGUGGUGGGCAACGUUGAUGCUGGGAAGUCGACUUUGUUAGGAGUUCUUGUCAAAGGGAAUCUGGACGACGGUCGAGGGAAAGCUCGAGUCAAUCUGUUUCGUCACAAGCACGAGAUCGAGUCCGGUCGGACUUCCUCCGUGGGGAUGGAAAUAAUGGGCUUCGACACCGGGGGCGAGGUCGUCACGUCCACGGUCCCAGGUCGCAGCCUGACCUGGGGGGAAAUCGGCACACGGUCGGCCAAAGUCAUUACGUUUACUGAUCUUGCAGGUCACGAAAAAUACCUGAGGACCACUGUCUUCGGCCUGCUUUCGUCGGCUCCCAACUACUGCCUGCUGAUGGUCGCAGCUAAUAACGGCUUGAUCGGGAUGUCUAAGGAGCAUUUGGGCAUUGCGCUCGCCUUGAACGUCCCUGUGAUGGUUGUCAUCACCAAGAUUGACAUAUGCCCUCCUAACAUCCUCCAGGAGACCAUUACGCAGCUGACAAGAAUACUCAAGUCCCCCGGGGCACGAAAAAUACCGAUAUUUAUCAAAACCCACGAAGACACGGUGCUGACAGCAACGCAAUUCGUCUCUCAACGGAUAUGCCCUAUCUUCCAGGUUUCUAAUGUUACCGGAGAGUGCUUGGAUCUUGUCCGGACAUUUCUCAACAUUCUUCCUCACCAUGGUCACUACGAUAGUGAAGCCCCCUUCGAGUUUCACGUCAAUGAUACAUUCUCAGUCCCCUUCAUUGGCACGGUGGUCGCUGGAGUGGUCAAGUCUGGUGUCAUACACGUUGGCGACACUGUACUUGUUGGACCAGAUUCGCUUGGUCAGUUUCAGACAACGAGCAUUCGAUCUAUCGAGCGCAAGCGGAUACAAGUCCCCGCAUGUAGUGCUGGCCAGUCGGCCUCGUUAGCGCUCAAACGAAUCCGACGAAAAGACGUGCGCAAAGGCAUGGUGGUGCUUCCUAAAGUUGAAAUUCCUCCCAAGGUCUACAGGGAGUUUGUGGCCGAAGUGCUAAUUCUCUCACAUGCAACAACUAUUCGUCCGAAAUAUCAAGCAAUGCUUCACGUCGGCCCUGUCAGCCAAACAUGCGCGGUCGUCGAGAUUGAUCGUGAGUUCAUCCGAACCGGAGACCGUGCCAAUGUAGCUUUCCGCUUCGUGCAACGUCCUGAAUUUCUUUCGGUUGGAGAACGCAUCUUAUUCCGGGAGGGCAAAACGAAGGGCUUGGGCAUUGUCAAGUCGUUGGGGUUUGAAGAAGGUUCGCUGAACAAGCAGCAGAGUACGGCUGCCGGUGACGAAGCCAAAGAAAAGCAGAAGAUGGAGGAGAACACAAGCGACAGCGCGAAACCUCGUACCGCAGCAACCGCGAAUGGGAAGGCGAAAUUCAAUGGGAGUAGGGAGUUGUGA